GGGCCGAGUUAUAUUCAAACACAUUUUGAAUGCCCACCGAAAGGCACACAAUCAAAAUUCCAAAAGAGCCCAGUUCUAAAAGCUGUUUUCCAAUCGCCAUUCGCCGCUCUCAGCAAAGUCAUCCUGCGAUGGACGGAGGCGGCGACAAUCAGCUGUCGCUGAGAUCCUUUCGCAGUCGCAGUCAGCCGCCCGCAGGCUUUCUCUACAAUGCUGGAGCACCCAGAGAAUCGCACGCAGGUCCUGAUCCCGCCCAUUGGGAGGCAGUGGCCUUGCAAAGGGCGUUCCAAGCCAUGAUCGCAGCGGAGCUGGCGGAGGACUCGGGCUUCGAGUCGGAUAGUGAGAGCGGAUAGCCGGAUGUGAAAAUGGUUCGCUCCAUUGAACCUUAGUCCUUAUUACGCUGAAACCUCAGAGAGAAAGUAAAUUCAUACUGCGUCAAAAGGCGCAUUUCAGUGUCAACCAUCAUAUUUAACAUUGAAAUAUAUAAAUGAUUUUAUACUUCUUAAA